AUGUGGUGGAAACAGCUGCUGGUGGAGCAUCUUGAUCUGCGCUUCUACAGCCUGAUGAUUCACUGAAACAGCUCUGAGGCUUACGGGGGUUCCUCCUUUUGGACUUGUUCUCGCUGUUUCCCAGCUCCUGCCACUGGAAACGCAAGGAGAAGUGAAAGAGCCACCACCGCUGGACCGAUGGAGAAGAAGAGAGCAUGUUCUCAGCUGUACGGUUCACUGGAGCGCACUGAAUGGAGCAACAAAGCAGAGGAUGACGUGGUGUCCAUGGCCGAUUCCACCAUCACCGCUGACGACAUCGAGGGAGAGCUCUUUAAGAUUGAGCGGAUCAGGGAUGUCCUUGUAAGACGGGAAUCAGAACUCAGAUACAUGAUGGAUGACAUUCAGCUGUGCAAGGAAAUUACUCGCUUAAAGAAGGACCUGCACAAAUUAGUCUCUAUUCCAGAUAAUGAUAAGUCAAAUGAAGACCGGCAGAAAGAAGAAGAACUGCUGCAGCAGAUUCACAAACUGGUUGAGACCAGAGAUUUCCUGGUGGAUGAUGUCGAAUUUGAACGACUCCGGGAAAAAGAAGAAGAUAAAGAAAUGGCAGAUUUCCUUAAGUCCAAAUUCCCAAGAAAGAUGAAGAAGACAGGUGUACCAUCCAGACGGGUUCCCUCCAGGGCACAGCAGUCGUCUUCACCUUUCACCAAGACAGGCCUCACUCUGCUGAAGGAGUGCUGUGGCUUCACCUGCUCCAUCAUGUAGACAGGAGGCAAAAAGGACACCCCACGAAUGGGCUGACACACAGCCCACGAACAAAAAAAAAUGACCAUUCCACAGAGUCAACAAUUCCAGUUUGAACGUCUCAGUCUGUAAAGGACUUUGAAACAUUGACAGAGAAGUACAGUCAUGAUGUGACAGAUGAUACAGUGGUUUCAUCUAGAGUUUAUGUUAAAUCUGAUUUUUUUCUAUCAUCAGCACAGAAAACAAUUUAUUUCCCUGCUUUAGAGAGGGUAGUUGGAAAUGUCUAUUUUGUGACAACUAUCAAACCAGUGAAGUUGCUUGUGUUCAACGCCUACCAGUUUUCUUUUAAAAGACUUAUCUAAACUAUAAUAACUAUCAUUUUCUCAUUAAAAUGUAGCUCUUUGCUGGAGUCAGCAGGCCAGUCUAGAAACUCUGUUGAAACUUUAUAAUUAGCAUUUAAGAGAUAAUACUAAUGAAAGUGACAUUAAUCUGAAGCUCUGACUCCAGAUCCUAAUGGGCAGGACCUUUCGAAAAGUGGGGGCGUGUGAAGAAACCGAGGCAUGUCUCAUCAUGCUCUAAUUUCGUUAGUCGGCUAAUGAAAUUUCACACAUUGUAGUAUUUUUUUCUGUCAGCGAUGAUUCAGAUUUGCACAGUGGAAUCUUUAUUUGCAGAAAAACAGCAUCAAGUCCCUUAAUCAAAAUUUUCUCUAUGGACAUAGUCUUUUAAUUUUAGAUCAAUAUCCUGUAACACAGACCAGGCUAAAACACAAUGGGCCAGAUCCACAAAAGGAUUGCACAGAUUUUGCAGGUUCAAAACCAUUACA